AGUGAGUUAACUAUAAUGGGUUUCUUAUUUUCUAUAGUUUUAACAUACUGCGUUCCUCUAACUAAGGUGAAGCUGAUUAAUGAACUAAAUGCCCGUGAAGCAAGUCUGGGUGUGAAAGAUUCUGUAUCCUGGCAUCAAGACUACAAAGACAGUGCAUGGAUAUUUAUAGGAGGUCUUCCCUUUGAGUUAACAGAAGGAGAUGUGAUCUGUGUCUUCUCACAGUAUGGGGAGGUUGUAAAUAUUAAUCUGGCCCGUGAUAAAUCUUCAGGCCGUUCUCGUGGAUUUUGCUUUGUGUGUUUUGAGGAUCAGAGAAGCACUGUAUUGGCCGUGGAUAAUCUCAAUGGCAUAAAGUUAAAGGGGCGCACAAUCCGUGUAGAUCAUGUUGCUAAUUACCGUCCUCCGAAGGAUGCAGAAGACAUUGAUGAAAUUACACAAACUCUUAGAGAAAAAGGAUGUGCGGCACGGACUCCAUCCCCAACGUCAUCCUCACAGGAUGAAGAGGAAGAGCCACCAAGGAAAAAGAAAGAUAAAAAAAAAAAAAAAGAUAAAAGCAGGAGGAAAGAGGGAGAGAGCAGCAACAGCACUACCAAAUAUAUUAAACAGGAACCUGUGGAUUCUGCCUAUGACAGAGCCAGGACAACGGAGAAGGUUUCCAAGGUGGCACCAGAAAACUCUAGAGCCUUGGAGGAAGAUAGAGGCUCUCGCAAAAGGAGUAACAGCAAAGGUGCUUCUCAGGAUAAGCAUAAAGAACAGCACAGGCAAAAAGAGAAAUACAAAGAGUGUGAGCAGCAAAUGCCACGAGAUAGGUACAGAGAGCAGCAAGAGCAAAGAUCAAAGGGAAGGACCGAAAGAGGCAGAAGGGUGUGAUUAAAGGAACAGUAACACCAAAAAAUUUAAGUUUUUUUUUAAAGUAAAUACAAUAUAAUGUACUGUUGCCUUGCACUGUUAAAACUGGUGUAUUUGAUUCAGAAACACUACUAUAGUUCAUAUAAACAAGCUGCUGUGUAGCAAUGGUGGAAAUUGAAAAAAGUCUAUAUGGCACAGGUUAAAUAGUGGAUAACGGAUAACACCAUUAUGUUCUACAGAGCUUAUCUGCUAUGUAACCUGAGCUUUUUCUCUUUUGUAUGGCUGCUCCCAAUGGCUACCCUGCAGCUUAUUUAUAUAAACAAUAAUAGUGUUUCUGAAGCAAACACAGCAGUUUUGCUAGUGCAGGGCAACACUGCAUUAUAUUUUUGUUACUUAAAAACACUUUCAUUUUUUGAUGUUGCUGUUCCUUUAAGAGGUAGAGAUUCUGUGGUUAAGGACAAGUUGUUAUUUUUUUUUUAAAUCUCUUUUUUAUUUAAAUUUCAAUAAAACCGAUACAGUCACCAUCUGCACACUCUUAAUGUAGGAGAAAAAAAAAAGGAAAAGAGCUUGUACUUCUCUUUCAUACUGAUGCCUUACGUCUAUUACAGUUUGGAUUUGGAAUAAGUCUGCCAUGUGGACCACAUUUCUGUAUGCUUAUCUAUUUGGUCUGUUAAUAAAGCAUUUAAGUACAACA